GAGAUGAGAUAGACGAGACGAAUUUGCUACAGUACUACCCUCCCCUGCCCUGCCCUGUCCUGUCAUCCAUGGCGGCUGUUCAAGCUGAGGAAGUUCCCUCGAUAUAGAAAAAACGCCUAAGUAUCAGUGAAUCAGGCGAGCAUGAAACUGGAUUCUAACUAGGAAACCCCAGCAUUUUUCUAGUGGCGUCGGGCCUCAGGACCUAAUAUUUGCCUUUCCGGUGGUUCUGUCAGAGACCGUCUAGGCUAUAGAAGGCGGCUAGAUUAGAUUCAUAGACGUCCGUACAGCGGGUGCGGCCAUGUCGCAGGUAGCGAAGACGAUCCUGGUGCCGGUGGACCAGUCGGAGAACAGCGAGCGCGCCGUGCAUUACGUGCUGACGCGAGUGUGCCGCGCGGGCGUGGACGCGCUCCAUCUGCUGCACGUGCAGGACUCCACGCAUCUCAGCGUCUCCAUCGCCGGCGGAGACAUGGCGGUGCCGCCCGCCGUGGUGGACGAGAUGUCGCGGCGUGCGUCCAGCGAGGCGUCGAGUCUCGUGCGCAAGUUCCUCGCCGAAGCCGACGCCGCGAAGGUGACGGCGCAGGGGUACUACGCGCUGGGCGACGCGCGCGAGGUGAUUGUAGCGAGGGCGGCGGCGAUCAGGGCGGACCUGAUCGUGAUGGGCACACGCGGCAUGGGCGCGCUGUCACGCGCCAUGCUGGGCAGUGUGAGCGACUACGUGGUCAACCACGCUGCAUGCCCCGUGCUCAUAGUGCGCCCGCCGCCUCCGCCCUCCUCCGACCGGCCGCAGCAGCAGCAGCAGGCGAUGCAGCAGGCGCCGCUGGACCAAUCGUCUCAGCGCGUGCUGCUGCUCGCAGUGGACAACUCCGAUGGCAGCAGACUUGCUCUCAGGUACGCACUGGAGGAGUUCUGCCGGGCGGACGACAUUGUCAUUCUGCUCGCCGUGCUGCCCACACCCCCAUGGGCCGCCUACGGCGAAUACUACAACCAAGAGAUGAUCGAGCGGCUGGAGCGCGCAGAGCUGCAGGAGGCGGACGCCAUGCUGGAGGGGUUUGCAGAGCAAGUGCGCGCCAUGCACAUAGUGUGCAAGAAGGAGGUGAUACGGGGGGACGUGCGUGAGACCAUCUGCUAUUCGGCGGAGCAGUUUGGAGCGGACGUGCUGCUCAUGGGGUGCAGAGGGCUGUCAGGGCUGAAGAAGAUGCUUCUUGGAAGCGUCAGCGACUACUGUGCGCACCAUGCGAAUGUACCCAUGCUUAUAGUCAAGCCACAGGAGCACGCCUCAGUGGACCUCCUCUCCCCUCGGGUCGUGGCAGUUGGUCAUUCAGCAGAGGAAUCAUGAGUUCUCUCGAACAAGAUAUUAUUGCAACAGAGUUAUCCAACGUGCGUUGGGAAAUGAAUGAAAGAAAUGUUGUCUGAAAUGCUAGAAGAUGGCAUUUUUAUGGAAAAUUGGACACCAGAUUCGUGGAGUAUGCCUCAGCUUCGCUU